AUGGCCAUCCUCACAACAGGCAGCCUUAUCUCGCUGUUGCCCUGGACGAAGCACAGCUGGAUGUCCUUGGGCAGCGAGUGUUCUGGUCCCAGGGUGAAGAGCAUCCUGCUGGGCUUCUUUCCUGUCCUGUCAUGGCUGCCUCACUACUCCAUCAGAGAAAACGCCCUUGGAGACCUGGUGUCUGGAGUCAGUGUGGGGAUCAUACAUCUGCCAACAGGUAUGGCCAACGCCAUGGUGGUGGGAGUUCCUCCUGCGUUUGGUCUCUACACCUCUCUCUAUCCUCUGAUCAUCUACUUCAUCUUUGGCACCUCGAGACACCUCUCCAUCGGUACUUUUGCCGUCCUGGCCAUCAUGAUCGGGUCUGUGACAGCCAACGUGGAGUCAGCUAGCAACAACAACGGAGACAGUCAGGCUGAUGUUGAAGCGGCCAAAGUGAACGUGGCUUUACAAGUCACCUUCCUCUCUGGCCUCAUACAGCUCCUGCUGUACCUGCUGCGUGGAGGCGGUGUGUGUCGCUGGCUGUCUGAUCCUGUCAUCAGGGGCUACACCACAGCAGGGGGUCUGCAUGUGAUCGCCCUGCAGCUGCCCCUGAUGACUGGAAUACCUGCACAGAGAUACACUGGACUGCUGCCUUCAGCCUGGACUUUAAAGGAUGUUUUGCUCGGAGUGACCAGCGCUGUACCAGGAGCGCUGUCAGUCUCCGUGGUUUCCAUGGUGAUACUAAUCGGAGGCAAGAUGCUGAAUGAGCGCUUUAAGAACAAGCUGCCUGUCGCCAUACCGUGGGAACUUAUACUGAUUGUGCUGGGCACCAUGGUGUCCGUGCAGAUGGAUCUGGCCGGCCAGCACACGGUCCAGGUGGUAGGAGACAUACCCAGUGGCCUGUCCGCCCCAGUCCUCCCCUCUCUCUCUCAGGCCAGAGAGCUGUUUGUUCCCGCUCUGUCUGUGGCUCUGGUCAGCUUCAGUUACCUCUCAGCCCUGGGUUCAGUGUUUGCCAACAAACACGGCUACCACAUGGACUCCAGUCAGGACCUGCUGGCUCUGGGUCUGUGUAACACCGUAGGAGCGAUGUUCCAGUGCUUCGCUGUCAGCUGCUCCUUCUCUCGCAGCAUGGUCCAGGAUAGCAUCGGUGUCAAAACGCAGAUGGCUGGUUUGGUAUCAGCUCUGUUGAUUCUGACCAUCCUGUUGAAGAUCGGUCACCUCUUCGAGCAGCUGCCAAAGGCAGUGCUGGCAGUGAUCAUCGUGGUGAACCUGAGGGGCAUCCUGGCUCAGUUCAAAGAUGUGUGUGUGCUCUGGAAGUCUGACAGAUUAGACCUGCUGGUGUGGGUCUUCACACUGAUUUCCACACUGGUGUUUAACCUGGACCUGGGUCUGGCUGUGGCCGUGGUCUUCUCUCUGCUCACACUCAUCUACAGGACUCAACAUCUUCUCUCCAAAAAAAAAAAAUCCACUCUUGUGUUGGGUGGUAUUCCUGGUACAGACUGUUACAGAGACGUGGGACUGUACGCUGAGGCAAAGCAAGUCCCUGGAGUGACCAUACUCUCCCAUUCCAGUCCUAUUUAUUUUGCCAACUCUGAACUGGUCUUCACACAGAUCAGACAGACAGUGAGUCGUGGUCAGAAGGAGAACCCAGCUGGAGUCCAGACCUCUACCUCCCCCUCCUCCUCCUCCCCCUCCUCAGCCGAGACGACGGCACACACUCAUUGCUUGGUUCUAGAUCUCAGCUCUGUCACCUUCAUGGACUCUGUGGCCAAAACAGGACUCUGCAAGGUUGUAGAAGACUUGGGACUCCAGGGUAUCAGUGUGUGUCUGGCAGCGUGCCCAGAAACAGUGUUAUCUAAGCUCCAGACUCAGGGUUGUAUACGGGACAGCCUGCUCAGCUCCUGUGUCUUCCCAUCGGUCCAUCAUGCUGUCCAGCGCUGCCUCAGCACCCUGCCCAAGCCUCUGGAGGAACUUACUUCAGAUGCAACUGAAUGUUGAAUCUACAUGACUGCGGCCUUUAAUUGUGAAUGACAGACAGUUAAGUCAUCUCACUGAGAGAACACUGUGGUAAUAGUUUGGGCUUUAA